UUUCCCGUCAUGCCUCCCGCCGCCCCGUCCGUCGCCCGGAGCCUGGGAGGGAGGGAGGGGAGGGAGGGAGGCUCGGACGGCGGCGGCGGCGGCGGCGGCGGCGGCGGCUCCCUGGCCCUUCCAUGAGCCCGCGGCGGACCCUCCCGCGCCCCCUCUCGCUCUGCCUCUGCCUCUGGCUGGCCACGGCCGUGGCGCGGGGAGCCGCGCAGUCAGCUCUUGCCCCUGUUCUUUGCCUCUCGUUCUGUUGGUGAAGAUAUCACAGUGAUGUCUGCAUUCAACCUGCUGCAUUUGGUGACAAAGAGCCAGCCAGUAGCCCUGCGAGCCUGUGGGCUUCCCUCAGGGUCAUGUAGGGAUAAAAAGAACUGUAAGGUGGUCUUUUCCCAGCAGGAACUAAGGAAGCGGCUAACACCCCUGCAGUACCAUGUCACUCAGGAGAAAGGGACGGAAAGUGCCUUUGAAGGAGAAUAUACACAUCACAAAGACCCUGGAAUAUAUAAAUGUGUUGUUUGUGGAACUCCGUUGUUCAAGUCAGAAAGCAAAUUUGACUCCGGUUCAGGUUGGCCUUCAUUCCACGAUGUGAUCAGUUCUGAUGCAAUCACAUUCACGGACGACUUUUCUUACGGGAUGCACAGGGUGGAAACGAGCUGCUCUCAGUGCGGCGCCCACCUUGGGCACAUUUUCGAUGACGGCCCUCGUCCCACCGGCAAAAGAUACUGCAUAAACUCGGCUUCCUUGUCCUUCAUGCCGGCAGACGGCAGUGGUGCCCAGGGGGGCAGUGGGGUGGGCAGCCCGGCCCCCGAGGACAAAGCGGAGCUGUAGGGUCGUGGAGAGCGGGGGAAGCAAGUGUACUUAACGCGCAGCUUGUUAAAAAAAAAUACUCAGAAUUGUCUAUCUUAGAUAUAUUUUUUCAAAAAAUAUAAGGGCAGUUUUGUGCUAUCGAUAUUUUUCUUCUUUUGCUUAGACAGAGGCCCUGGCCAUCAAUGUAUUUUGCUAUCGACUAGAUCCGGAACCACUUAUACCUUCAGCUAGUGGAGAUGGUUUGGUGAAACUCUUUCCCAGGCCACUUGAGUACCAUUUGGCAUUAUUUUCUUUGAGCACAUGGCUUCUUUUG